AUGAAUGAAAAGUAUAAAAAUAAAAUAGAAGUUCAACAAACAAGGGAUGAAGAAUAUGAGAAGGUAGAAAUGUUAAUAAAAGUUAAUGAAACAAUAAUUUCGCUAAAUUCACUUUCUGUACAAUCUUCAACAUUAAAAUUAAAAGGAUCAUCUGAAGAUAAGAAAAAUUCAGAUCGGGCUAGAUCAUUAAAAAGAUUUUCACCAUAUCAAAGUCCUAGAAGUUAUUGUUUAAAUGAUGAUGUAAAUGAUUCAUUAAAUCGUGGGCGAUCGAAUAGUUUUCAUUGUAAAUAUGAUGGUUCUAAACUUAUAACAAAUAAAGAUUGUUUCCGAAAUCGACGACAUACUUUAGGUUCAUUAGAUUCGUUGUGCUCUGAUGAUGAGAAGUCUCCUGAUACUAAUAAUACUGAUUUGAUCUCUAUUAACCUAAAUGAGACGACGCUUGAUGAUGGUAGCACAAAUUCACUCAACAAUAGUGUCAAUAAUAUAACCAAUAAUUCAUGUUCGUUUGAGAUGUGUAAAAAACCAAAGUAUUCAGAGGAUGCAGAAUUUGUUGGUGAAAUGGAUGAAUUAAGCGAUUACUUUAAUCAUUUUGUGGGAGUUGAAAUGAAAAUGUCUUCUCUUGCAGAAUCAAUGUAUGCUUGA